CUUCUAUUAUAUCUGCGGCUCAUAGGAAAACAUGGAAAGUUUGAGGCACGAUAUACAAUUUAUCAAAACAUAAGGGCACAGUUGCAAAAAGACACAAGAGUGAAAAUGAUAUAUACAAGAGUAGCACUGCCGUUGUUAAUCUCUCUCUCUCUCUCUCUCUCCCUCUCUCUCUCUCUGCAGUGAUACUCAUUCAAGUGAGGAAGGGAUCAAGUAAUGGGCUGUUUUCCCUGUGCUGGGAAGUCAAGCAAAAAUGCAAAGAGGACUCUGAAGAAGAGGCCUGGUGAUCAGAUCUCAUCAUCUUCUGAUAAAACAAAGCCAAAUUCAGCACUGGAUGUAAAGAAGGAGACGUCUACAAAAGGAGGCUCUGAGAACAUUGCAGUACAUACAUUUACAUUUCGUGAAUUGGCUGCUGCAACAAAGAAUUUCAGGGCAGAUUGUCUUUUGGGUGAAGGUGGUUUUGGCCGAGUAUAUAAAGGGAGAUUGGAAAGCACCGAUCAGGUUGUCGCUAUCAAGCAACUUGAUCGUAAUGGGCUGCAAGGGAACAGGGAAUUUCUUGUUGAAGUAUUAAUGUUGAGCCUACUUCACCAUCCUAAUCUUGUUAACUUGAUUGGCUACUGUGCUGAUGGAGCUCAAAGACUUUUGGUUUAUGAGUACAUGCCAUUGGGGUGUUUGGAAGACCAUUUGUAUGAUCUCCCACCUGAUAAAAAACGACUUGACUGGAAUACAAGAAUGAAGAUAGCUGCAGGUGCUGCAAAGGGCUUGGAGUAUUUGCAUGACAAAGCUAAUCCCCCUGUUAUAUAUCGUGAUUUGAAAUGCUCAAACAUUUUACUUGGUGAAGGUUAUCAUCCCAAGCUGUCUGAUUUUGGUUUGGCAAAAUUGGGUCCUGUUGGAGACAAAACCCAUGUAUCUACUAGAGUUAUGGGAACCUAUGGAUAUUGUGCGCCUGAAUAUGCAAUGACAGGUCAGCUUACACUUAAAUCAGAUGUAUAUAGCUUCGGUGUUGUUCUUCUUGAGAUUAUUACUGGAAGGAAAGCUAUUGACAAUUCAAGAGCUGCUGGGGAGCAUAAUCUCGUUGCAUGGGCACGGCCAUUGUUCAAAGAUCGAAGGAAGUUCGCGCAGAUGGCUGACCCAUUACUACAGGGCCAAUAUCCAAUGCGGGGCUUGUACCAAGCUCUGGCUGUUGCUGCAAUGUGUGUUCAAGAACAGCCUAAUAUGCGACCACUUAUAGCUGAUGUAGUCACAGCCCUUACUUAUCUUGCUUCCCAAAAGUAUGAUCCUGAGACCCCACCAGUCCAAGCUUAUCGUCCAGGCUCAUCCACUCCUAGAAUUAGAAGGGAACAGUGAAUUUUGUAGCCAGUAAGAGAAGGAUUUAGCAGGAACAGUAAUCUAAGAAGGUUCAUUCCCCGGAAACCAAUGAUAAGAUUGCUGUCACCCUGCAGGCUGUGGCACUACAGAAUGCAUUUUCUGAGCAGAUUUAUUUACAUGAUUCAAAGAUCAUUGGAUUCGAGUUUUGUAUUAGGCAAUAGUCAGCUGCUGCACCUGCUUUACCAGUCAAUCAGAUUUUGUGUCACUCCAUAUAGCCAGAUGCAAUGCCCAUGAACAAUUCUGUUUUAUGCAUUGAUGAUUCUUCUUCUCUCCCUUUAUUCUUUCAUACAAAAUUUUUUCAUGUACCAUUGAGCUUGGGGCUUUAUCUAGCAUUUUAUAUGGAAACUGGUCCAGCCUUGUAGAGCAUCAGCGUUUGCUUGGCGUUGGUUUUUUUUUUUUUUUUUCAAUUUUUUUUAUGUUAUCUAUUUGUUAUAUGAUCUAUAAAGGAAAAAAAUAAAAAAAUCCUAACCCUUCCCCUCUAAGCUCACCUGAGUAAUUUUUUUUUGGAGGGUAUGCUUCAGUAA